UGUAAUUGUCAGCACGGGAUCUGAGACUUCCAAAAAAUGAAGCUGGCGACAGGACUGUGGGUCUGGGUGAGCCUUCUCCUGGCAGCGGGGACCGUCCAGCCCAACGCUUCUCAGUCAGUGUGUGCAGGAACAGAGAACAAGCUGAGCUCUCUCUCUGACCUGGAGCAGCAGUAUCGAGCCUUGCGCAAAUACUAUGAGAACUGUGAGGUAGUCAUGGGCAACCUGGAGAUAACCAGCAUCGAGCACAACCGGGACCUCUCCUUUCUGCGGUCUAUUCGAGAAGUCACAGGCUACGUGUUAGUGGCUCUUAAUCAGUUUCGCUACCUGCCUCUGGAGAAUUUACGCAUUAUCCGUGGGACAAAACUUUAUGAGGAUCGAUAUGCCUUGGCAGUAUUUUUAAACUACAGAAAAGAUGGGAACUUUGGACUUCAGGAACUUGGACUAAAGAACUUGACAGAAAUCCUUAAUGGUGGAGUGUAUGUAGAUCAGAACAAAUUUCUUUGUUACACAGACACAAUUCACUGGCAAGAUAUUGUUCGGAAUCCAUGGCCUUCCAACUUGACUCUGGUAUCAACAAAUGGUAGCUCAGGAUGUGGACGUUGUCAUAAGUCCUGUACUGGCCGAUGCUGGGGACCCACAGAAAAUCAUUGCCAGACCUUGACAAGGACGGUGUGUGCAGAACAGUGUGAUGGCAGGUGCUAUGGGCCCUAUGUCAGUGACUGUUGUCAUAGAGAAUGUGCUGGGGGCUGCUCAGGACCGAAGGACACAGACUGCUUUGCCUGCAUGAAUUUCAAUGACAGCGGAGCAUGUGUUACUCAGUGUCCCCAAACUUUUGUCUACAAUCCAACCACCUUUCAACUGGAGCAUAACUUCAAUGCAAAGUAUACAUAUGGAGCAUUUUGUGUCAAGAAGUGCCCACAUAACUUUGUGGUGGAUUCCAGUUCUUGUGUGCGUGCCUGCCCUAGUUCCAAGAUGGAAGUAGAAGAAAAUGGGAUUAAAAUGUGUAAACCUUGCACGGAUAUUUGCCCAAAAGCUUGUGAUGGUAUUGGCACAGGAUCACUGAUGUCAGCUCAGACCGUGGAUUCCAGUAACAUUGACAAAUUCAUAAACUGCACCAAAAUCAAUGGGAAUUUGAUCUUCCUUGUCACUGGUAUUCAUGGGGACCCUUACAAUGCAAUUGAAGCCAUAGACCCGGAGAAACUGAAUGUCUUCCGGACAGUUCGAGAGAUAACAGGUUUCUUGAACAUACAGUCAUGGCCCCCAAACAUGACCGACUUCAGUGUUUUUUCUAACCUGGUGACCAUCGGUGGAAGAGUACUCUAUAGUGGCCUCUCCUUGCUUAUCCUUAAGCAACAGGGCAUCACUUCUCUACAAUUCCAAUCUCUGAAGGAAAUCAGUGCAGGAAACAUCUAUAUUACUGACAACAGCAACCUAUGUUACUAUCAUACCAUUAAUUGGACAACACUCUUCAGCACUAUCAACCAAAGAAUAGUGAUCCGGGACAAUAGGAAAGCUGAAAACUGUACUGCUGAAGGAAUGGUGUGCAACCAUCUGUGUUCAAGCAAUGGCUGUUGGGGACCUGGUCCCGACCAGUGCUUGUCCUGCCGUCGCUUCAGCAGAGGAAGGAGCUGCAUCGAGUCUUGUAACCUCUAUGAUGGUGAAUUUCGAGAAUUUGAGAAUGGCUCCAUCUGUGUGGAGUGUGACCCCCAGUGUGAGAAGAUGGAAGAUGGCAUCCUCACCUGCCAUGGACCGGGACCUGACAACUGCACAAAGUGCUCCCAUUUUAAGGAUGGCCCGAACUGUGUGGAAAAAUGUCCAGAUGGCUUACAGGGGGCAAACAGUUUCAUUUUCAAGUAUGCUGAUCAGGAUCGGGAGUGCCACCCAUGCCAUCCAAACUGCACCCAAGGGUGCAUAGGCUCAAGUAUUGAAGACUGCAUCGGCCUGAUGGAUAGGUGUAGCGGUCCCACUAGUCAUGACUGCAUUUAUUAUCCUUGGACGGGCCAUUCCACUUUACCACAACAUGCUAGAACUCCCCUAAUUGCAGCGGGAGUCAUUGGCGGGCUCUUCAUCCUGGUCAUCGUGGGUCUAACAUUUGCAGUUUAUGUUAGAAGGAAGAGCAUCAAAAAGAAAAGAGCCUUAAGAAGAUUUCUGGAAACAGAGUUGGUAGAACCCUUAACUCCCAGUGGUACGGCGCCCAAUCAAGCUCAACUUCGUAUUUUGAAAGAAACUGAGCUCAAAAGAGUGAAAGUACUUGGCUCGGGUGCUUUUGGAACAGUUUAUAAGGGUAUUUGGGUACCUGAAGGAGAAACAGUAAAGAUUCCUGUGGCUAUUAAGAUUCUUAAUGAAACAACUGGUCCCAAAGCCAAUGUGGAGUUCAUGGAUGAAGCUUUGAUCAUGGCAAGUAUGGACCAUCCACACUUAGUCCGGUUAUUGGGUGUGUGUCUGAGCCCAACCAUUCAGCUGGUUACACAGCUUAUGCCCCAUGGCUGCCUGUUGGAUUAUGUCCAUGAACACAAGGAUAACAUUGGAUCCCAGCUGCUGCUUAACUGGUGUGUCCAGAUAGCUAAGGGAAUGAUGUACUUGGAAGAAAGACGGCUUGUUCAUCGGGAUUUGGCAGCCCGAAAUGUCUUAGUGAAAUCUCCAAACCAUGUGAAAAUCACAGAUUUUGGACUAGCCAGACUCUUAGAAGGAGAUGAAAAGGAGUAUAAUGCUGAUGGAGGAAAGAUGCCAAUUAAAUGGAUGGCUCUGGAGUGUAUACACUACAGAAAAUUCACCCAUCAGAGUGAUGUUUGGAGCUAUGGAGUCACUAUAUGGGAACUGAUGACCUUUGGAGGAAAACCCUAUGAUGGAAUUCCAACCCGAGAAAUCCCGGAUUUAUUAGAGAAAGGAGAACGUUUGCCCCAGCCUCCAAUCUGCACUAUUGAUGUUUACAUGGUCAUGGUCAAAUGUUGGAUGAUUGAUGCUGACAGUAGGCCUAAAUUUAAGGAACUGGCUGCUGAAUUUUCGAGGAUGGCUCGAGACCCUCAAAGAUAUCUAGUUAUUCAGGGUGAUGAUCGCAUGAAGCUUCCCAGUCCAAAUGACAGCAAGUUCUUUCAGAAUCUCUUGGAUGAAGAGGAUUUGGAAGAUAUGAUGGAUGCUGAGGAAUACCUGGUCCCUCAGGCUUUCAACAUCCCCCCACCCAUCUAUACUUCCAGAUCGAGAAUUGACUCAAAUAGGAGUGAAAUUGGACACAGCCCACCUCCUGCCUACACCCCCAUGUCAGGAAACCAGUUUGUAUACCGAGAUGGGGGUUUUGCUACAGAGCAAGGAGUGCCUGUUCCCUACAGAGCCACGACCAGCACGAUCCCAGAAGCUCCAGUAGCUCAGGGGGCUACAGCCGAGAUUUUUGAUGACUCCUGUUGUAAUGGCACCCUACGCAAGCCAGUGGCACCCCACGUCCAGGAGGAGAGCAGCACCCAGAGGUACAGCGCUGACCCCACCGUGUUUGCCCCGGAACGGAGCCCACGAGGAGAGCUGGAUGAAGAAGGUUACAUGACCCCUAUGCGAGAUAAACCUAAACAAGAAUACCUGAACCCAGUGGAGGAAAACCCUUUUGUUUCUCGGAGGAAAAAUGGAGACCUUCAAGCUUUGGAUAAUCCCGAAUAUCACAACGCUUCCAAUGGUCCACCCAAGGCAGAGGAUGAGUAUGUGAAUGAGCCACUGUACCUCAACACCUUUGCCAACGCACUGGGGAAUGCCGAGUACCUGAAGAACAAUGUACUGUCUGUGCCAGAGAAGGCCAAGAAAGCAUUCGACAACCCUGACUACUGGAACCACAGCCUGCCACCUCGGAGCACCCUUCAGCACCCAGACUACCUGCAGGAGUACAGCACAAAAUAUUUUUAUAAACAAAAUGGACGGAUCCGGCCUAUUGUGGCAGAGAAUCCGGAAUACCUCUCUGAGUUCUCGCUGAAGCCAGGCACUGUGCUGCCUCCUCCACCCUACAGACACCGAAAUACUGUGGUGUAAGCUCAGCAGUGGCUUUAAGAUAGAGACACGCCCACUCCAAUUUCCCGGCCGCCUCUCUUUCUCUUAUGAUCUUCCUUCUAUUCCCAAGGCCAGUAGUUUUGACACUUUCCAGUGGAAGCUAUAGAGAUGCAAUGAUAGUCAUAUGCUUAUCUAACUUGAACAUGAGGAGGAAGAACUGAAAGAGAAAGACAGGAGGAACCACACUGUUUCUUCAUUUCUCUGCAUGGGUUGGUCAGGAGAUUGGAACAGCUAGAAAAGGACCAGCAAAUACAAGGCAAUACUGCCUGCUGUCAAGCUAGUUCUCAAUGUUUUCUCUUUUUUUCUUUCUUUCUUUCUAUUUUUUUUUUUUUUUUUUUUUUUUUACUGCAGAUGCCUGAAAGACCCAUGCUAUCUGUUCCUAUCUGUAGGAACUGAUGUAUACAUUCUCAGUACCUUGGAAAUCAUAAUAAAGUUUCCAUUAGAACAAAAGGAUAACCUUUUCUGUAACAUAUGAUAGUAACUGAGAUUGAAAAUACAGUUUCUUUUUCCAACAGUUUCUAUCCUAACAAACAACGGCAGCCAACUCAGCUUUCAUAAUUUCUUAAUCUUUCACAAAGUUAUAAUUAGUAAUUAUGUUUGGAGGGAUUUUUUUUUUUGGUCUUUUCAUUUUGUUUCAUUUUGCUUUGCUCUUUCCCUUUAUAUUACUUUUAUCCCCACAUAUUCUGACUUUAGUUUCUGAUUGCAAAUAUUUUUACAUCAGAGUUUCUUACGUGUUGCUAUAAAUUGACAGAAUUGUAAAAAAAUAUUUUAAUAUGGUGAAAUGACCAUUAUUUUAAAUAUAGAGCCUUUAAAAUUAGACGGGGAGGCCAAGAUAUUAGUCAAGUGUAACAUCAAAUCUAACUGUUAUGUUUUUCACUAUUGACUAUGUACCCCACGUCCUUUACAUUCUUCAACAUUUUCUUCUCCAUAAAUGACAGUAUUUGAUAGGCAGUUGGUAACGUAAAGAGUAAAAGGGAAACUAAGAGACAAUUCUGUGUGGUUCAUGAAAACUACUGACACUUUCAGGGGUGGUCCAAUGGGGAAGCCAUUGAACUGGAAGAGACACUGGAUUGGGUAUGUCUACCUGGCAGACACUCAGAAAUGUAGUUUGCACUUAAGCUCUAAUUUUAUUUGUUCCCUUUCUGAACUCCAUUUUGGAUUUUGAAUGAAGCAAUAUGGAAGCAACCAGCAAAAUAACUAAUUUAAGUACAUUUUUUAAAAGAGCUAAGAUAAGGAAAGACUGUGGAAAUGCCAAACCAAGCAAAUUAGGACUUUGGAACAGUAUCCAGAGAUUAUGGUGAGAGGGCCAGCACAUUAUCUACAAGUGAUAUCACAUUUGCUCUGCAAGGAAAGUUAUCCAGUUUAUAUACUCCACGUGAAGGAAUGCAAGUAAGGAUUGGCUUGAUUCCAUGGAAUUUCUAGGAUGAGACUCUAUUUAUACUAAGUAGAAGGUAACUCUUUGCACAUAAAUUGGUAUAAUAAAAAAAUACACAAAUGUUCGCAGUUUAUAGGUAGGUUCUUGGGUCAAAAGUUGUAAAUAAACGUGAAAAAUUUCUCAUGUAAUUAUUUUAAUAUCCAACAUACUAAUCUUUUGAUACUUUGUAUAAUAACACUUUCUUCAAACACAUCAUCCUAGUUCUAGAAACAUCUUUUUAUGUAUCAUUUUAAAAGAACACCUACUAAGAUGAGCAAUGGGAACAAAUGGUAGGAAUGAGUCUCCUGGAGCAAGAAAAUCAAGUAGUCUCUCUUUUCUAGGAAAAUCUGCUUGGACAGUCAUUUGAGUUAAAUUUUUUUUUCAAAUGCUAAAAUUUUGGCAUCAAAUUCAAGUCUAUUGCCAAAAAGAAAGCAAUGAAAAUAAAAAUCUCUGUUGGUAAAGCAGAGGGUUUACAAAGAGAAAAAAAAUGCAAAGAGAUCUAGGUUUCUGCCUAUUUUGAAAAAGUAAAUCAAUCAAUCCAUUCAAUUCCCUUGUUUUUUCAAGUCUACUAAGAGCACUGUGUAAGUGGAGAACAUCAACAUAAAUGCAAUAUUACUCCUAACUUAAUGAUUUUAAGUCAAUUUAUUUGGAAUGACAUUUGAAUUUUCCUGUUAAGUUCAAGGAAUAAGAUUUUAUGGACUAUUUUGUGAGCAGUCAUCAUAAAAUCUGUUGUUUGUUAAAAGAUCUCCUGUGAACUCAUUUGGAACAUGAAUUAAACAACCUACAAAUUACUGAAGCUGACAAAUAGGAUAGUUUCAGUGUUAUCAUCCAAACAUGAACUGGUAGAAGGAUAUUGCCUCACUGGCUAAUUAGCCUAUCUAGAUUCUAAUUUGACCAUUAAGUCAACAGCAGGUGUUGGUCUUUGGCCAAGAACCUUGGAGGUAUCAGGACUGGUUUCUUACUAAGUUAUGAGAAAUGAGGUAAGCUAAAAGUGUGAAGUAGAACAGGGAGAGGUUUGUAAGAUCCCUUCUAGUGAGGUUCAAUCAUGAACUUUUCUGGGUUGAAGACACAGAAUGACUUAGGGGCUACAGCCCACAGCUUCAAACUCUCCCACCCAUUCAGAGGAGUCUCCAGAGAAAGGGGACCUCACAUAAGUUCUUGUGAGAAUUUGGAUAUAAGUCUCCCUUUCUAGAUAAAUCUGUAUCAACUUACCACUUACAGCACCCUUGUUGGAUAGUAGAACUUGAUUUUUUUUCCUUCUGAUUUACAAUAUUCAUAUGGUUUCUUCUGGGAUAUGGAAAACAGAAUCACUUAUUUUGAGAAGGGAAGAAAAAUAAUUUUUUUACUGUUAAGGUAAUAGAAUGUAUUCAAUGAAUGUAGUUUCCUUCGUUCUAAGAACACAAAACCCUUACACGUCAGGUAAUCUACCACUAACAACUAGUUAGUUGCAAGUAUAAUCCAAAAGAACCUAAAAUGCUUCACAAAAACCACUUUAUUGUUCCUUUUGAAUGAUUUCUAUAGUACAUUUUUUAUUUCAAUUGUUUUAGGAUUUCUCUCUUAUUUUUGUCCCCCUGGAAAAAUAUAUUUCAAGUGUACGAAAGGAAGAAAAAAACAUUUUAUCUGUUCCAAAAAAUAACUUAUUCAACCCAGUAGAGUGAAAUUUUAAAAUGCCAAUCGAAGGCUGCAAAGUGAAUCAGUAUCAAGUCCCAGAGGCUAGUUGUAUCACUGCAAACAUGCAGAACCAAUUAAGUAAAUUUGAGGAAAAUUAGUAGUAAAGUUACACAGACUAUAUUUUUUAAGUCGCCAAAUUUUGUGUCCUGUCUUGGGGAAUCCCAUCUACAGAUAAAGAAAAACUGUAUAACUAAAUGGUUCUUUAAAGAACUGUUCUUUAGUUCUUAGAUGAGAAAAGGUGUUCUCUAAAUCAGAGUAGACCCAGAACCACAAAGCAUCCAGCACCAUAAAGAGGUGUUGGACUACUGAGUAAGAUUUGGUUUUCCAAAUUUCAGUGGUACAGGUUAGGGUGAGAGUUCUUUCUCAAGUAAUAUUCUUGAAAUAGAAUUAAAAACAGUGCAGACUCAAAUUUUUCUUUUUUUUUUUUUAAGAUUUUAUUUAUUUAUUUGACACAUAGAGAGAAGGAGAGAGCAAACCCAAGCA